GGAACAUCGUAUGGCUCUACGUGAUACUAUUCCUAUGUCCCCCCGUGAUGCUGAGCGUCAGUACUGCGCUAGCCAUACACGAAUGGCAGUACAUAAGAGGGUGGCUCCCGAGAGAAUACUGCGCAAAUCUCCGCUAUGCGUCUCAUACUCUCUUCCGAAGGUGUGCGAAACACGAUUAUGACCAACGAGAAUGGUCAAGUUCUGUACAAAACCUCUGCACCUUUCCACUUCGGAGCUCGCACGACCACGCUCUACAAAGUCAUCCCAAAUGCCGGUCCAGAUGAUAUGCGGGACCAUUUGGAGGUCAUAAGGGAGAUUGAAUGGCAUUUGACGGGUUCAUCUGUAAUGCGACUCCAUGGGCAGGAAAUGAUGACAGAUACAUUCAUCCCUCGGCAUGGAAUCAGAGGAAGGUGAUAGACACAUUGUUUUCCGGUGUACAUUGAUAUAGGACUCAUGUUGUUCAAUCUAACCUCACACAGGAGGCGCAUGUUCACGGG